UCUGAAUAUCAGUCUCACAUUUAGACAGGAAAGGUUUUACAGCUACUGCAACUUUUAUUUAAUAAUACAAUGUAAGGAAGAUGACUAAGAAAGGUAAAGAUGGAGCAAAUGAGCCAAGCUCUAAAGCAAAAGGAAGCUCUUUAGUGGAAGAGAGCAAGAAAAAGGCACUUUUCUCCACGUCUUCUUUACAUGGAUGUCAUUCUUCACAAAAAUUGUCUAAGAUUCAUGGAAGUGGGCCUGAAACAGAAGAUGUCAGCGAGAGCUCCAGCGGGAGUGAGGAGGAUGAGGAACAGCCGGAGCACCGGCCUGAGAGCCUCACCGACCUUCCCUCCGAGUACUGGCAGAUCCAGAAGAUUGUCAAGUAUUUAAAGGGAGGCAACCAGACAGCCACAGUAAUUGCUCUGUGCUCAAUGAGGGACUUUAAUUUAGCACAGGAGUCCUGCCAGUUGGCCAUCCGGGAUGUAGGUGGCCUUGAAGUUCUCAUUAACUUGCUGGAUACAGAAGAAAUCAAAUGCAAAAUUGGCUCGCUGAAAAUCCUGAAGGAAAUCAGUAGUAACUCACAGAUCCGGAGAGCGAUCGCCGACCUCGGCGGCCUACAGACUAUGGUGGAGAUAUUGGACUCUUCAGACAAGGAUCUCAAAAGUCUUGCUGCGGAGACCGUUGCCAAUGUGGCAAAGUUUCGAAGGGCGAGAAGGACAGUGAGGCAGCACGGUGGAAUUAAGAGACUCGUUGAGCUCCUGCACUGUGUCCCAGACUCAGCAGCUCUGUCAGAGCAGCAGGAGAAAGACAUUGAGGUGGCGCGUUGUGGGGCCCUGGCGCUCUGGAGCUGCAGCAGGAGCACCAGGAACAAGGAGGCCAUCCGCAGAGCGGGCGGCAUCCCGCUGCUUGCACGUCUCCUCAAAUCCCCUCAUGAAAACAUGCUGAUCCCUGUGGUGGGCACAUUGCAGGAAUGUGCCUCUGAGAAAAGUUACAGGAUCGCCAUUCAAGCUGAGGGACUGAUUGAAGAUCUGGUCAAAAAUCUCAAUUCUGGUAACCAUGAGCUUCAAAUGCACUGUGCCAGUGCCAUCUUUAAGUGUGCAGAGGAUAAAAAAACGCGUGACUUUGUGCGGCAGUAUGAAGGACUUCAGCCGCUUGUUGGUCUUCUGAAGGUAUCUGAGAACAAGCAGCUCCUGGCCGCUGCUACUGGAGCCAUCUGGAAAUGUUCCAUUAGCUUGGAGAACGUUGAAAAGUUUCAGGAGUACAACGCCCUGGAGAUGCUGGUGGGGCUGUUGACAGACCAACCUGAGGAGGUGCUCAUCAACGUGGUGGGGGCCCUUGGUGAAUGUGCGCGGAACCCACCCAACCGGGCCACCGUCAGGAAGUGCGGUGGCAUCCAGCCGCUGGUCGGUCUCCUGACGGGGAUCAACCCGGCGCUGCUGGUCAACGUCACUCGAGCCGUGGGGGCCUGUGCCGUGGACUUGGAGAACAUGGCAAUAAUCGACAACUUGGAUGGAGUUCGUCUCCUCUGGUCCCUGUUAAAAAAUCCAAAUCCAGAUGUUCAAGCCAAUGCCGCAUGGGCAGUCUGUCCCUGCAUCAAAAAUGCAAAGGAUGCAGGGGAAAUGGUGCGAUCCUUUGUUGGCGGACUGGAGUUGAUUGUUAAUUUGCUGAAAUCGACAAACAAAGAGGUCCUGGCAAGCGUCUGCGCUGCCAUCGCCAACAUAGCCAAAGACGAAGAGAAUCUGGCAGUGAUAACGGACCACGGGGUCGUGCCGAUGCUGGCGAAACUGGCAAACACACAGGCUGAUGACAAGCUGCGCCGCCACCUGGCUGAAGCCAUUGCUCAGUGCUGCAUGUGGGGGACCAACCGUGUGUCCUUUGGGGAGGCUGGUGCCGUGGCUCCGCUGGUGGGCUACCUCAGGUCUUCGGACGCCUCAGUCCAUCAGGCCACCGCAGAGGCCCUUUUCCAGCUGUCUAAGGAUCCUAACAACUGCAUCACAAUGCAUGAAAAUGGAGUGGUCAAGCUGCUCCUGGGCAUGAUUGGAUCUAGUGAUGAGGUUCUUCAAGAAGCAGCAGCUGGCUGUGUGGCCAACAUCCGGCGACUUGCCCUGGCCAACGAAAAGGCCAGAUACAACUGAGGGCAAAAAGUGGUUAGCGCCUUCCUGGGCAUCUUGUCACCUGCAAGGGUAUCCAGAAUGAAGAAUUUACUCAGCAGGGUGUGCUGGAAGCACACUAAAUAUGUACAGAUUAAGAGGGAAAGAAAGCUGCUGUCCGCAUUUAAAUUGAUCCUUCUGGUCAGAAUAG